AUGGGGAGCCUGCCAAAUUUACAUGAGUUGGAGCAAAUGGAACGCAAACGUCAAAAACGACGAGAGCGUGAACAGCGUGAGCAACUACGAGAACAAAGAGCGCGGGACUCUAGUCGAGAAAGAGAACGUUUGGCAAUGUUUGCUCAUCGCAAACAUUCAUCUUAUAAUGCAUAUCUGAUGGCUGGACUCGGUAUGGGUGGAGGCACAUUAGGUAUGGCAGCUGCGCACAUAGCUGGUGCAACAGCAACUGGUGGCGGUAAUGUUAGUAGUGGAGCAGGAGUUGCUGCUACGUCAGCUACAACAACAGCAGCGGCAAUGGGUGGUGUUGCUGCCAUGGGUGGCACUGCAUUAUUUGGUAUAAGCACACCCGUAGGCAUAAUAAACAAGUACCAUCAACAGCAUCAUCAUCAUCGUCAUUCAUUGACAACUAGGCAUCGCGUUUUGCGUACACGCAGUUCCGGUGCAACACACAGUAUUUUUGAUGAGCAAAUGAUGGAGGUAUGA